AUGAAUUUUGAAUGGGCGAAUAAAAUAGCCAAAAAUGCUUUAAAAAGUGCACAAAAGCGAAUCGAUUCGGUUCUGGAUAUUGAAGCUGAAGAUGAAGAGGAAACUACAGAUAUAAAUUUGUCAAAAAUUUUGCCUCCUGUGGCAACAACUAGUGGUGCUGCAGAUCAAUGGGAGUCUAAUGAUUUUACUGAACCAUUUCCAUCGUUUUCCACCGAUGAUUCUCAUUUUGAAGGCAGUGUCAUUGAAGCGAAGAAAAGUGAAAAUUGUUCCAGUGCUGAUGAGUGGCAGUCAUCCUGGAACUCGCCUGAUGAUGCUGUAUGUAGUGGCGAUGAUCGGGACAUUGUGCCGUCGAAUGAAAUCGAGAAGUCUCAUUCUACAGACGAAAUGACAAGCUCAUAUGAUUGUAAAUUGCCUGAACAAACAUACGAAACUCGUUCUCAAAAUAAUCGAUCUCAUGAUGAAACUCAAACAAUUAUAUCUAGUGAUAUUGAAGUGCUACGAUUGAAUGAGCCAUGGUCUGCAGCUAAUAGCAUUUCGCAUAAAGAUUUGGAGAUCUCAAUACCCGACGUAUCAUCUUUGGAACCUACUCAGGCUUCCGUUGAAUUUCUGAAAGCUCAAAAUUCCCAUUCAACUGUAGCGGAAAUAGCUAAACUAAAGUUAACGAUUCAACAUCAAGAGCGAAGAAUUGGUGAUCUUCAAGCACAAAAUUUGCGGCUUCAACGGAAAUCUGAUGAAAUGUUAAAUUUGAAAGCUGCCAUCAGCCAGCAAACGUCGACCGAAGCGAAAUUAUUGAAAAAAUUAACUGAAAAAGAAGCCGAAUUAGCUGAAUUAUUGCAAGAAGGUGAAAAACUCGCGGAAACCAAUGGAAAAAUGGCAAAGGAAAUAAAGCGAUUGAAAAGCAAUCUUAAUGAGCAGGAGCAGCUCGCAAAAAAAGGCGCUCAAGCAGAAAUUGAUCGAGAUCUUGCGCGUGAAGAAAUACGUGGACUAUCAGUUGAGAAUAAUAAACUUCGAGCAACCAUAAAAACAAUGGAAGCUGAAAUGUCGAAAAUAAAAACUGCCGAUGAAGUUUUAAUGAAUGAUCUCAAAAAACGAGAGGAAAAAUUUGAUAAGGUGUUGGUUGAUUUAAAUCGCACUGAAGCUCAGCGAAACGAAUUGGUUGAACUCAAUCAGAGGUUAGAGUCGAUAAUUUCUGAAAUGAAAAUUCAGGCGGAGAAACGAGAAUACUCAAGCAAAGAAAUCGAAGAGAUUACACGAGGGCUGAACAGUGCUCUUGAUGAAAAACGUUUGAAAAUUGAACAACAAGCAAAUUACAUUGAAUCUUUGGAGAAGCGGCUUUCUGAAAUGAUGGAUUCUCUUCGGAACACUGCUGAGACAGUUGCCUCAGCUAACGCUCCACUGCUUGAAUCUAUCCAACGAUUAGAAGCUGAACUUAGUUUGCAAGAGCAAAGAUAUUCGUCUUAUGUUCAGGAUAGUGAAAGGCGUGUCGAUUUCCUCAUUAAAGAAAAAGAUAAAUUGGAGCAACAAAAUGACGAAUUAAAUUCAUAUCUAAGUAAGCUAAAGUCAGAUGUUGUCGAAUCUUCCGAAAUACAGACAAAAUUGUCAGAAACAUUGAAAAAUACAGAGGAUAAGAAUAUGUGGUUGGAGAAAGAACUGAAGGUCUUGCAGCGAUUAAAUGAGGAUAUGAAAAGGUCCUUGAAUGAUAAAAAAUCUGAUCUUGACAAACUUUAUUUGAGGAUGCGAGAAGAAACAGAAAAUGCGGAGCAAAUCAUAAUGGAAAAGCAAAGUCAGAUCGAUUUUUUAAGCUCGCAGUGCAAGCAGUUCGAAGAAGAUCUCAAUAAUUUACGCCGUAAGAUGCUAGAUAAAUCAGAGAAAUCUGAAAUCAGAGAAAUCACAACUUCCAGCAUUGAUGUUGUUCCUAAUGAGCCAACGCCAUAUAUAUCAGCAAGCGCAGCGCAAAUUGAAUUAGCUGAUGUUAUCAGUAAGUAUGAUCAGUCGAUGCGUCAUAUUUCAUUGCUUCAAGCUAAAUUAUUUUCAUUUGAAGAAGAACGCUCUUUAUUGACAUCAUUGCAGCAACAAUUAUUGGACUUACGAAUGCGUUAUGAAAGUCUUUUAGAAGCACAUGGUGAGAAAAUUGAACGAAUUGAGGAGCUCGAAUUAGAUUUAACCGAUGUUAAAAAACUUCUAAAGGACCAGAUGGAAUUUUUCUUGGGAAAGAAUUAA